GCAGGUGUUUUUGAGACUCUUCCAGGUCCGGUUCAGUGUAAGAUGCUCCUGAAGGCCACAGAGCAGUGUUUCAACACACUGGAGAAAGCAGAGAUGCUGCUGCUGCUGCUCAAGAGAUUCCCGGAGUCUGUCGUUCAGCAUGGAGUGAGUUUAGGAGAGUCGUUAUUAGAGGCGGAGUCUGUAGAGAAUCUGGACACGCCUGUCAACUGCUUCAGGAAGCUGUUUGUGUGUGACGUUCUGCCGCUGAUUCUGAAUAAUGCAGACAUGUGUCUCCCGGUCAGUCUGCUGUAUAAAUACAUGCACAAAGCAGCAGAGUUUUACAUAUGUUACGUCACGCGGGAGCCGUCGGCAGACGCACAGAUGCAGG